UGUAAUAGGUGCGUUUGAACGUCGCUCGCGCCAGUCGGAAAGCGCGCAAGCGGCUCGCGCACGCGCACUCCACCCGAGCUUAAAACUGUCGAAAGUUUACGCGGGAAAAUAGUGUUUUCAGAUACACGUAACAUCGCGUAGACAUGGCUAGCACAGCCAUGUGCGCGCGUGCCCUGGCGCUGCUUGCCUUGGUGGUGUUCACACAGUCACUCACAUUGGAUGAAGAUGCCACAAGCAGUGUUUCAUCAAUAGCUGGUACAGCACGCGACGCUGGCGAGCUGGUGAUCCUGGUCCGCGGGCCCCACGGCGGCAGCACCCGUGAGGAACUGCUGCACGCGAAGGCUGAAGAGGAUAUCUCCUUAUCCCUGUAUUACAACAGGAAGAACAAAAAAGUAUCACUGGAGAGUCUUCACGGUGGUCAUCUGAAAUCCGUCUCAUGGAGCCUAGGAGAGAACCCCCGGACGACUCUCGCGCUGGUGAUGACCGCUACAAAGGUCAAGUUGGUGGUCGGCUGCAAGCCGCUGCACUGGCAUUCCAUGGCCGGCAGACAUGAUCUAAUCACGACCCUGUCCAGUCCGAAAAUGAAAUUGUACCACGAAGAAAACGCUCCUGUGGAAGUAUACAGCAGUGAACAAGCUGCCCUAGAUUCCAUCAGCUGUGGUAUUCGCAGCGAUACCAUGAAACCACCAGCACUAACGACGGUUGAAGAAACAGACUUUGAAGAAGUCAGAGACUUCAUAGCGAAGGACGCGAGGAGGAAGAGAGAAGAGGAAAUGCAAGGAGAUGAAUACAGAGGAAACUUCAUAGAUCCUAACAUUUUGCCUCAGCCUACGACGCAGAGAGGAGAUAUACCUUCCAAUGCUAUUGAGUCUUGUGAUGACGAGGUGAUCCGCCAACUGCAGCUCCUACGUCAAACGAUAGAGCACUUGCGUCGUGAGGUGGUGGAACAGAAGGGCACUAUAGAGAGCCUCCGCAGUCAGCUGCGGCAGUGCUGCAACAGGGUGCCCGCGCCGCCGCCCCUCGAGAGGUGCUCCGGGUCCUCCUGCUAUCCUGGCGUGGAGUGUCGGAACACAGCGACUGGCUUCGAAUGCAGCGCCUGUCCUUCGGGCAUGGAGGGUGAUGGACGCAGAUGUCGACCAAUAUCAUGUAAUAGAAGACCUUGCUCACAAAUGGAAAGAUGCGUGGACACAGAACAGGGCUACCGCUGUGAGAAGUGUCCCGGACGCCUGACUAGCGACGGACAGACGUGUCGGACCGCCUGCAGUCUCAACCCUUGCUUCGGUGGACGUGUGCCAUGUCAAGACUGGCCUGACGGCAGCUUCCGUUGUGGGUCCUGCCCUGAAGGGUAUCACGGGAACGGAGAGAAGUGCUACAAAAUAUCUUGCAGACCAAACUAUUGCUUCCAAGGUGUAGAAUGCCAGGAGUCGUCAUCCGGUCCUCGCUGCGGGCCGUGUCCCCCCGGCUACAACGGUAACGGGCAGCAGUGCCAGCACGUCUGCGACAGCCACCGCCCCUGCGGCUCACGCCGGUGUACACAGACCAAUACAAGCCCGUAUUAUGACUGCGAGGGAUGUCCUAAAGGAUUCGAGUGGAACGGCUUCUCUUGUGUCGACAUAGACGAAUGCGACCUGAUUCGUCCUUGCGACGAAGUGGUAUCUUGUCGUAACGAGGAGGGCGGGUUCACGUGCGGACCCUGUCCUGCAGGCUAUGAAGGCAGUUCAGGCUGGCGCGGGGCGGGCAACGAGCGCCGGCGGGAGGCCUGCGUCGAUGUGGACGAGUGUGCAGCCGGCAGGGCACACUGCCCGAGAGGACGGCUGUGUGUUAAUACUCCGGGCUCGUACACAUGCGUGCCAUGCGGCGGCGGCUACUACGUGAACACGAGCCGCGCGUGCGCCAGCCCGGGCGAGCUGCUGCUGCGCUGCGACCCGGCGCACUGCCGCCGGUACAACGCCGUCUGCGGGUACGGGCUCAAGUGCGUCUGUGCGACUGGCUGGGCUGGCAACGGUACUGUAUGCGGUCCAGACAAGGAUUUAGACGGAUACCCAGAUCACCAGCUCGCUUGCUCCGAGCCCCGCUGUAAGGCUGACAACUGUCCUGAAGUAUCCAACUCCGGGCAAGAGGAUGCUGAUAAUGACGGUCUGGGGGACUCCUGUGAUCCUGACGCUGAUGGUGAUGGUAUCCCGAACUUGCCGGACAACUGUCCAUUAACUCCGAACCCUGACCAACUGGAUCGCGAUAACGACAGGAGUGACAAGCGAGGUGACGCCUGCGACAACUGUCCGCGGGAGUACAACCCUGGGCAGGAGGACACUGAUGGAGACGGCGUGGGAGAUGUCUGCGACCCCGACAUGGAUAACGAUGGCAUAUCGAACUCGGACGACAACUGUCCUCGCCGCUACAACCCGGCGCAGGAGGACAUCGACAACGACGGCGCGGGCGACGCGUGCGACAACUGCCCGCGGAUACGGAACCCCGCGCAGGAGGACGCCGACCGGGACGGCGUGGGGGACGCCUGCGACAGCGACGUGGACAGGGACCAGGAUGGUAUCCAAGACAGCAUAGACAACUGCCCGACAGUACCUAACAGCGACCAGCUGGAUGUCGACGAGGACGGCAACGGUGAUGCGUGCGAUGAUGAUGAUGACGGUGACGGCAUCAUCGACGUUCAGGACAACUGUCAGUACAUGAAGAAUAGAGACCAGAAGGAUUCCAAUAACGACGGCAUCGGUGAUGUUUGUGACAACGAUUACGACGGAGACAGCGUCAUCAACGAACUAGACAACUGUCCCAACAACUCCAAGAUCUACCGCACGGACUUCAGGAACUACAUGACAGUCCGCCUGGACCCUGAAGGAGAAUCCCAACAGGAUCCGAACUGGGAGAUCGCGAACCAGGGCGCGGAGAUCCUGCAGACGCUGAACUCCGACCCCGGACUCGCCGUCGGCUUCGAAAGCUUUAGCGGAGUGGACUUUGAAGGGACCCUGUUUGUGGACACGCAGAUCGAUGAUGAUUACGUUGGAUUUAUAUUUGGAUACCAAAACAACAAACGAUUCUACGUAGUGAUGUGGAAGAAGAACACACAGACAUACUGGCAGACGACACCGUUCAGGGCGGUAGCGGAGCCGGGCAUACAGCUGAAGCUGGUCUACUCCAAGACCGGUCCCGGGAAGACUCUGAGGAACGCGCUCUGGAACACCGAGUCUACUCCUGACCAGGUAACCCUCCUGUGGAAAGACCCUCGCAACGUGGGCUGGCGCGAGAAGACCGCGUACCGCUGGCGGCUCCUCCACCGCCCGAAGCUGGGCCUCAUCCGCCUCAAGGUGUAUGAGAACAACCGCCUGGUCGCGGACUCCGGCAACGUGUACGACUUCACCCUGAAGGGAGGGCGACUGGGAGUGUUCUGCUUCUCCCAAGAAAUGAUCAUAUGGUCCAAUUUGGUGUAUAGGUGUAAUGACAAAAUCCCUUCAAAUAUCGCGUCAGAGUUAUCAUCGAGGAACAACUUCGAAAUCGAUCACGACUUCGUGUACGUUUAAAAAUAACAAAAACAAAAAUACAUUCAAAAACAGUUUCAAACAUCCAUCAAAUGGGUUUCCCGGAAAACAGACCCGUUUCUGUUUGUGUUAGUGAAUGUUGCAAACGUUCAAAUAAAUGUAAUGCCAAAAAGCAUUUAACAAAAACGAAAACCGACACAUAUUGUAUUUUUUUUUUACAAUUUAUUUCAUUUAUAAACCAAGAUCCAAAAAGUUUGGGAUUCUUAAAUAUUUUUUUAGACGAACUUGAUCGUGUGUUCACUGUGGAUCUUAUUUCUGUUGACAUGCUUUAGUUGUGUAAGAUUUAACAAUAAUGUAAGCAAUAAAGAUGACAUUUAAGUAUUU